AUGGCGGAAGACGACCUCUAUAACCUCGAAUUUCUCUCUCUUGUCUCCAAAAUCACACAGGAAAUCGACAACCAUAUCGGACUCAACGACAAGACCCUUGCCGAGUUCGUCAUAGAGCUACACGACCACUCCAAAACUCAAGUCGAAUUCAAACAAAAGCUCAAGGAUGCGGGGGCCGAUUUCCCCGAGUCGUUCAUCGAGAACAUGGACCGUCUCAUCCUCACGCUCCAUCCCAAGCACAAGAAAAAGUCGGCCAAAUCCAAUGGCAAGGCGAAGGCCAACGGAGAUGUGGAGCUGUCAGAGCAGGACAAGCAGAAGCGUCUCUUUCCUGGCCUUGCUCUCGCAGAUCAAACGUGGCAACCCGCGUUCACGAAGGAUGAUUUAAUGAAGGAGGUUGACAAUAUGAUGUCUCAGUUUGAGACUACAGCGAAGAGACCACGAUCACCCCCACGCCGCGACGAACCAUCACCGAAACGUCGUCGCCAUUCUCCGUCACCGCCUUCCCGUCGCAGUCCAAGUCCUCCGAGAGGGCGAGGGAACGAUCGAAGAGAUGAUAGAAGGGGCAGGAAUGGUCGGGAGAGGAAGGUAUUGGACGAGAAGCCGGUGUUAUACAAGAUAUAUGACGGCAAAGUUUCAGGCUUGAAAGAUUUUGGAGCGUUCGUUCAGCUCGAAGGCCUAGCUGCAAGGGCAGAAGGCUUGGUGCAUAUCUCCAGUAUACAAACCGGAGCUAGAGCGAAUUCAGCUUCCGAUCUUCUCACCCGUGGCCAGCAAGUCAAGGUCAAAGUCAUGAGUGUCGCUGGUAAUCGGAUAGGACUCUCCAUAAAGGACGUGGAUCAAAAGACUGGACGCGAUUUAACACCACACCUUCGAAUCAAAUCCGAGGCCGAACUUAUCGAAGAGGAGCGUCAACGUGCCAGUCUCGCGUCAUCCGGUGCGAAUGCCGUCCCGUUGAACAUGAAAGAUGAGCCUGUUCGGUCUGCUAAACGCCUGACCUCUCCGGAGCGCUGGGAGAUAAAGCAACUCAUCUCGUCCGGUAUCGUCGACGCAUCAGAAUAUCCAGAGCUCGACGAGGACUUCACCAAUCCUGUCAUGCGUGCAGAAGUCGAGGAAGAAUUGGAUGUUGAGGUCAGAGAAGACGAGCCUUCCUUCUUGCGCGGUCAGACCAAGCGGACGCUUGAUCUUAGCCCUGUCAAGAUUGUCAAAGCACCUGAUGGGUCACUCAAUCGAGCAGCAGUCGCUGGAGCCUCACUUGCCAAAGAGCGCCGCGAGCUACGGCAGCAAGAGGCGAACGAACAGGCUGACUCGGAAGCACGAGAUUUCAGUGCUCCUUGGCUAGACCCUAUGGCGAAGGAGGCGGACAGAGUGUUUGCGCAGGACCUGCGGAGCAAUUUGAGAGACCAAAAGGCUGCAGAUGGCCAAGGAUGGAAGGCCUCGGCAUUCAAUAAAUCCACAACAUUUGGAGAGAUCACCUCCUUGAGUAUCCAGGACCAGAGGAAAUCACUUCCAAUUUACAAGUUGCGUGACCCUCUCCUGCAGGCAAUUCGAGACCAUCCGGUAUUGAUCGUUGUCGGCGACACUGGAUCCGGGAAGACCACCCAAAUGACGCAAUACCUUGCGGAAGACGGUUUUGCCGAUCGGGGCAAGAUUGGAUGUACACAACCUCGUCGUGUGGCAGCUAUGUCCGUCGCGAAGCGUGUCGCAGAAGAGGUUGGCUGUCGCCUCGGCCAAGAGGUUGGGUAUACCAUCCGUUUUGAGGACUGCACCGGUCCUGAAACUCGGAUCAAGUACAUGACGGAUGGUAUGUUGCAGCGUGAGUGCUUGAUAGAUCCGGACGUCAGUCAAUAUUCUGUCAUCAUGUUGGAUGAAGCCCACGAGCGGACUAUCUCUACUGAUGUCCUAUUCGGCUUGCUGAAGAAGGCUAUCAAGCGCCGACCCGACCUGAAACUCAUCGUUACUUCUGCGACUCUUGAUGCCGAGAAGUUCUCGAAGUACUUCUUCGGUUGCCCCAUCUUCACUAUCCCUGGUCGAACAUAUCCUGUCGAAAUUCUCUACACGAAAGAGCCCGAGACGGAUUAUCUUGACGCUUCGCUUAUCACCAUCAUGCAAAUCCACUUGGCCGAACCUCCUGGCGAUGUUUUACUUUUUCUGACAGGUCAAGAGGAAAUCGACACGGCUUGCGAGAUUCUCUACGAACGAAUGAAGGCGCUAGGGCCUAAAGUGCCCGAACUCCUCAUUCUUCCUAUCUACUCCGCCCUUCCGUCAGAGGUCCAGUCCCGAGUUUUCGAGCCCACGCCGCCUGGAGCACGUAAGGUGGUUAUCGCAACCAACGUGGCCGAGACGAGUUUGACAAUUCCGGGCAUCUACUACGUCGUUGAUCCUGGAUUCUCCAAGCAGAACGCGUACGACCCGAGACUCGGUAUGGAUUCGCUCGUCGUCAUGCCCAUCUCGCAGGCUCAGGCACGUCAGCGAUCUGGACGUGCUGGACGCACGGGCCCGGGGAAGUGCUAUCGUCUAUACACCGAGGCCGCGUACCGGAACGAGAUGAUGCCCAACUCCAUCCCAGAUAUCCAGCGGACAAACUUGGCGCACACGAUAUUGAUGCUGAAGGCCAUGGGCGUCAAUGACCUGCUGAGCUUCGACUUUAUGGACCCUCCACCGGCGCAGACCAUGUUGACCGCUCUUGAAUCGUUGUAUGCGCUCUCGGCGCUCGAUGACGAGGGACUUCUCACGCGUCUUGGGCGCAAAAUGGCCGACUUCCCGAUGGAGCCGCCACAGGCCAAGAUGCUGAUCGCGUCCGUCGAACUUGGAUGUUCGGAGGAAAUCUUGUCUAUUGUGGCCAUGCUCUCUGUGCAGAGCGUGUUUUAUAGACCGAAGGAGAAGCAAGGGCAGGCAGAUUCAAAGAAGGCGAAGUUCCAUCAACCGGAGGGGGACCAUCUGACGCUGCUGGCGGUCUAUAACGGGUGGAAGGCGAGCAAUUUCUCGAACCCGUGGUGUUACGAGAACUUUAUACAGGCGAGGAGCAUGCGGAGAGCUCAGGAUGUCAGGAAACAGUUGUUGGGUAUCAUGGACCGAUACAAGCACGACAUACUGUCUGCUGGAAAGGAUUACAACCGCGUCCGCCGCGCCAUCUGCUCAGGGUUCUUCCGAAACGCGGCAAAGAAGGACCCGCAAGAGGGAUACAAAACGCUCGUUGAAGGCACCCCCGUCUACAUCCAUCCCUCAUCAGCGUUGUUCAACCGAAAUCCAGAGUGGUGCAUAUACCACGAGUUGAUUCUCACGACGCGCGAGUACUGUCACAACGUGAUGGCGAUCGAGCCCAAGUGGCUCGUCGAGGUGGCGCCCCAGUUCUUCAAAGUGGCCGAUGUCAAUAAGAUUAGUAAACGCAAGAGGCAGGAGAAGAUCGAGCCUCUCUUCAACAAGUACGAGAAACCGGACGAGUGGCGGUUGUCAAAGGUCAAACGGAGUGCGAGGUCGAGUCAGACGUUCGGUUGA